AUGUCCUUGAGAAGGUUACUAUUAUCACUUAGUAGUUUCGGUUAUUUGGAUUUCAGCGAUCAAUAUUCUCAUCAUAUGUUCAGUAGUGUGAUAUUUCUACGUUUAGGGUUUAUUAUUGCUCAUGCUGGUUUGCUGGAAAGUGUAUUACAACUAUUUCUAUCCUAUUUCAUCCUGUUGCUGACUGUAUUUUCUAUAUGCGCAAUUAGUACAAAUGGAGCAGUUGAAGGAGGAGGUGUAUAUUUCAUGCUUAGUAGGACUUUAGGUCCUGAAUUCGGUGGAGCUAUCGGGUCGAUAUUUUUCUUCGCGCAAGUUUGUAGUGCUGCAUUGUAUAUAGCGGGAUUAGUGGAAGCUGUGCUCAUAAAUUUCGGUCCUGGAGGUAUUUUAUUCGAUGGAGUACUACCUGGUGAAAAUCACUGGUGGAGUUACCUGUAUGCCAUAGUUAUUCUUGCACUUUGUAUGUCUAUCCUAUUAAUUGGUAGUCAAAUGUUUGCUCGUGCUCUGUACUUUAUUCUUGCUGUUGUGGUCAUUGUUAUUAUCUGCGUAUUUGCUAGUUUCUUUCUACAACCAAAAUUAAUACCUUUACCAAGAUCUAAUUCGCUUAUCUAUAAUUUAUCAGCAUCAAAUAAUGUAACUAUAUUCGCCGAGUUUACUGGCUUGAACGGAAAUACAUUCAGAGAGAAUAUUUAUCCUAUGUAUUCAAUUGAUUAUACUACUGGUUCAUUGACGUCUUUCGUCAUUGUUUUCUCCGUAUUAUUUUCUGGUGUAACUGGGAUAAUGAACGGUGCAAAUGUGUCUGGUGAAUUAAAGAAUCCUUCUCGUUCAAUUCCUUUGGGAACUCUAUCUGCUUUACUUUGUACAUUGGUAAUUUAUCUCGUUAUGAUGAUAUUCUCAGCUUCUUCUAACAGCCGAUAUCUGUUAUUAAAUAACAAUAUAUUCAUGCAAUCAAUUAGUUUUUGGCAACCAAUCGUUGUAAUAGGUGUUUUUGCCACUACAUUAUCAGCAGCUUUAGGCAAUCUUAUUGGAGCUUCACGUAUAUUGGAGGCGAUAGCUCGUGAUGAAUUAUUUGGUCGACUUCUCCAUCCAGCAAAAUGGACCACAAAACGUGGAAAUCCGAUAGUGGCAGUCCUUUCUGCUGGGUUUCUUUGUUUGUUGAUUUUACUGAUUGGUAGAUUAAAUGCUAUCGCUCCACUUGUAUCUGUUCUAUUUUUACUGGCUUAUGCUUCGGUGAAUUUGGCCUGUGCUGGUUUAGAUGCUGCCUCACCACCGAAUUUCAGACCGACAUUUCGUUAUUUUAAUUGGAUCACUUCAAUUUUGGGAAUGAUUGGUUGUAUCAUUAUGUGUUUAUUAAUUCAACCAAUUUAUACGGUAGUGGCAAUUAUUGUUUUAGGUGUUCUCGUGUUUUCAUUAUAUCAACGACAUUUAGAAUCGUCAUGGGGUAAUAUUGGACAAGCGCUUCUAUUUCAUCAGAUCCGUAAAUAUUUAUUAUUAUUGGAUUCCCGUAAAGAUCACGUUAAAUACUGGAGACUCCAAUUACUGUUACUCGUUGCAAAUCCACGUUCGUCAGCCUCACUUGUUCAAUUUAUGAAUAGUUUAAAAAAAGGUGGUCUUUAUGUAGUUGGUCAUGCACUUUGUGGUGAUGCAGAUGAGUUCGUCGAUCAAUCGGAUCCAUGUCUAAAUCAGCGUUGGUAUUGGACACAAUAUGUGAAAUAUUUGAAAACUAAAGCAUUUGUAGAAAUAACAAUUGACCGAAGUGUACGCAGAGCGAUAUCACAUCUUAUUCGAAUUUCUGGUUUAGGUGCAAUGCGCCCAAAUACAGUGUGUUUAGGAUUUUAUGAUGAUAAGCCUUCAAUCGAUGUUUUAGCUAGGAUUUGGAAAGAACGUAAAGUAAAAGCAUUCAGUUCAUGGCCAAAUCAUAUUCAUUCAUAUAAUUCCACAGAUCUAAUCAUUAAUAAUAAUGAUACCCAAACGACAAAUGCUUAUUUAAACAGCAGUGAACUACUAGCUAAUUUCGGUUCAGUUCCGAGUCAGGAUUCAAAUUCUAUUUUUGUCAAUCAGAAUAAUACAGAUAAUCAGUUUUAUGGUAACCGUCGUUCUGGUCGUCUUACCUCGCAGGAAUAUGUUAGCAUUAUUCGAGAAAUUCUCAAUAUGGAGACCAAUGUUGUACUUGCUCGAAAUUUCGACAGAGUAAUUUUUGAUGAAGGUAUGUCUGGUUGGGACACAACUCGACGCUAUUUCCGUAAUAUUUUCCAUACAAAUAAUCGUUCACAGCGAAUAAAUUCAAAUUAUAAUAGUGGUUAUAAUGCAGGUACAGUGAUGGAUGUUACUAGUUCAAUGCCUGAAAUUAAUCCAUAUAUAGUAGACACUUCAAAAGCUAUAUUCUUUGAUAUAUGGCCAAUCAAUCUUCUCGAAUUUCAUGGUGAGAAUUUAAAUUUACCAUCAUCUUCAUCACACGAAGGAAUUUACAGACAAGUGGUUGAUCGUACUGGUCUUUUCCUCUUACAACUUGCCUGUUUAGUCGCUAGAUCACCCUAUUGGCGUAAACGUCGUCAUCCACCAAAACUACGUGCAUUUUUUCCACAGUUACGUACAAUGAGUCCACCUAAUGGAGAGGUUGUUACGGUAACUGACAAAGCACGUUCUCAAUUAUCAACUUUGUUGAGAAAUUUGCGAAUUCCUGCAGAAAUACAUCUGGUUGAUAUGGAUAGUUCAGUGAUGAAAAAAAAUUCAAUGUUGAAGAAUAUUGAUGAUAACAGAAGAAUAAUCUGUUUAAACCAAUUAAUUCUGUCUUAUUGUCAUCCAAAUACAACAGCUUUAUUUCUCUAUUUGCCUAAACCAAGUUCAGACUUAUCAUUAGCUGAUAUUUACUUGAAUCAAUUGAAUAUACUAACCGAUACGUUGCCGCCAACAUUGUUAGCUCAUGGUUUACAUGAGGUCACAUCAGCUGAAUUGUAA